AGGGACGAUUCCAGUAUAUAAAGAGUGUAGCUAGCAAAGUUACAGAUCUUAUAUUUACAUCGGGAUCGAAAUGAAUUUAUUUUUGUCCUGCACAGAUUUCAUAAUUUAACUUCAAGAAAAUAAUGGAUGUACAGAAGAUUGUUACAAUAGCGGCUGUUUCCGGGGUGACGGCGGGGGCGGCAUUGCUCGGCGCACCUGUUGUCCUGGGUGCUAUUGGUUUCACCAAAGCGGGCGUGGCAGCGGGUUCUAUUGCGGCUGCCGCACAGGGUCCCGCCACAGCAGCGGGGAGCCUGUUUGCCUUGUGUCAGAGUGCAGGCGUACUUGGGACGGCAGUUGGAACGAAGGCUAUCAUAGGCGGCGCUGCUGGAACUGUAGGUGGAGCUGUUGCUGCUAUUUGGAAAUGAAGUUGUGGAUUUUUCCUCCUGUCAAAUACUUGCCACUAAAUAUGACUAAGAUACUUACUCCUAUUUAAAAAAAUAUUUUUGAUGGAACUUGUUCCUUUUGAUAGAAUACAAAAUUUGUAAUGACAGUGUGCAAUUUUCUAAGAUUUCUCAAUAUUGUUAAAGUAAUUGCUGCCUGGAUUAUUUUUCAAGUUGAUCAAAUUAAUUUUCAGGAGUUCAUUGAUCAAAAAUAAACAAUCCAAAAGUAAAAA